UUUAUGAAUGUUUACCAUUUUAAUUUUGCUACUUUAAAAUACUUUUUAUAAUUUUAUAAGUGCAAAAAGAAAAUUAAUAUUUUGUGUAUAAAUUAAGUCAUUAGUGAUAUUAGUUUUUUAGAAUAAUAUUUAUUUAAGUUUGAGAAGCAGAAUUUAUUAAAUUUAGUUAAUAGUUAUAAAAUGCCCAAAGAACAAUAUCGCGAAACAUACGUGGGGAGAAAGAUUUCCCAUGUGACAUUUAAUGUGGAUAGUGCUCCAGCAAUACAGAAUGCUGCUCACAUCCAGGUCAUCACAAAGAAUCUAUAUGCACAAGAUGGACAGAGGGUGCCAGCUUCUUAUGGUGUACUGGACAGACGCAUGGGCACAAAUCAGAAGGAUGCAAAUUGCGAAACUUGUGGCCUGGGUCUGGCCGAGUGUGUGGGACACUAUGGCUACAUUGAGCUGGCGCUGCCUGUGUUCCACGUUGGGUACUUCCGUUCUAUCAUCACCAUACUGCAGACUAUUUGUAAAGAAUGUGGGAAAGUAAUGCUGGCGGAAAACCUCAAGAAAUCAUACCGGCGGAAGUUCAUGCACCCUGAACUGUCAUAUCUACAUAAAAAGAGUCUCCGAGCGGCUGUGCUUAAAAAGGUCAAGACUUGCACGAAGUGUCCACUGUGUGAAGCCCUCAAUGGUAUGGUCAAGAAGAGUCCAGUUGGAAUCCUGAAGAUUAUCCAUGACAAGUAUAGAAAUAAGAAGUCCUCGGAUGCUGUUGUGAAGAGAGCACUGAAAGAUUUCAAUGACGCUAAGGAAUCGAAUAAAGAAUUAGCUGCUAUGAUAAAUAGUGGGCUUAUUAUAGAGCUCAGCCCUCUAACGGUACUGAAUUUGUUCCGUCGAAUACCGGACGAGGACAUCCCACUGCUGGGAAUGAAUGUGAAACUCACGCGGCCCGAAGACUUAAUACUCACUCGGCUGCCGGUUCCACCGCUCUGCAUCAGGCCCAGUGUGGCGUCAGAAAUGAAGGCUGGCACUAAUGAAGAUGACCUAACAAUGAAGCAGUCAGAGAUCCUGUUAAUCAACGAUGUCAUAUCCCGGCACAUCGCCAGCGGCGGCAAGAGCGACCUGGUGCAGGAGGACUGGGACUACCUUCAGCUGCAUGUGGCGCUCUACAUCAACAGCGAGAUGUCGGGCAUACCACUCUCUAUGCAGCCAAAGAAACCUGGUCGUGGUCUGGUGCAGCGGCUGAAGGGCAAGCAGGGACGCUUCCGCGGCAAUCUGUCCGGGAAACGUGUUGAUUUCUCUAGCCGUACUGUCAUAUCGCCAGACCCCAAUCUGCAGAUUCAAGAGGUGGGCGUACCAGUCCACGUGGCCAAGAUCCUCACGUACCCGGAGCAGGUGUUCCCCGCGAACCUGGCGUGGCUGCGGCAGCUGGUGUGCAACGGACCCGACGUCCACCCCGGCGCCAACUACGUGCAGCAACGCGGGCUGCAGCACAAGAAAUACCUCAAGUAUGGCAACAGAGAGAAGAUCGCGCAGGAGCUUAAGUGUGGUGACAUCGUGGAGCGCCACCUGGUGGACGGAGACGUGGUGCUGUUCAACCGUCAGCCGUCCCUGCAUAAGCUCUCCAUCAUGUGCCACCGGGCCAAGGUGCAGCCACAGAGGACCUUCAGGUUCAAUGAAUGUGUGUGCACACCAUACAACGCGGACUUCGACGGCGACGAGAUGAACAUGCACCUCCCGCAGACCGAGGAGGCGCGAGCCGAGGCUCUCAUACUCAUGGGGAACAAGUCGAACCUGGUGACGCCCCGUAACGGCGAGCUGCUGAUCGCUGCGACGCAGGACUUCAUCACGGGCGGGUACCUGGUGACGCAGCGCGACACGUUCCUGACUCGGGACCACGCGCAUCAGCUGGCCGCGUGCCUGCUGGCCGGGCCCGACGCCACCAUGCACAUCGAUAUGCCCACGCCGGCUAUACUCAAACCGGCCAAACUCUGGACCGGGAAGCAGAUAUUCAGUUUAAUAAUGAAACCAAACAAUCGUUGUGAGGUAAAGGCGAAUUUGGAGACCAAAGGCAAGAACUACACCGGCAACGAGGAUAUGUGCGUGCAGGACUCGUAUGUGAUAAUAAGGAACUCGGAGCUGAUGUGCGGGUCGAUGGACAAGAGCACCCUUGGCUCUGGCACCAAGAGCAGCAUCUUCUACAUCCUGCUACGGGACUGGGGCGAGGAGUACGCCGUUAGGGCCAUGUGGAGGUUGGCGCGAAUGGCGUCCUAUUAUAUGAUGAACCGAGGGUUCAGCUUCGGUAUCAAUGACGUCACGCCCGGCAAGAAACUCAUCGAGGCCAAGAACAAACUGCUGGAGAUUGGAUAUUCAAAAUGCGACGGGUACAUAUUGGAAAUGGAGAAGGGCACGCUGCCGUGCCAGCCCGGUUGCACUAUGGAGGAGAGCCUCGAGGCGGUCAUGCUGAGCGAGCUGAGCAGCAUCAGAGAGUUGGCGGCGAAAGCGUGUUUCAGAGAGUUACACCCUACCAACGCGCCCCUUAUCAUGGCACAAAGUGGCUCUAAAGGGUCGAACAUAAACAUCUCGCAGAUGAUCGCGUGCGUGGGCCAGCAGGCGCUGAACGGGAAGCGCGUGCCCAACGGGUUCGAGGACCGCUCGCUGCCGCACUUCGAGAGACGCUCUAAAAUCCCGGCGGCGCGCGGCUUCGUCAAGAACAGUUUCUACUCGGGGCUGACACCCACCGAGUUCUUCUUCCACACCAUGGGCGGCCGCGAGGGUCUCGUUGACACGGCCGUCAAGACUGCCGAGACUGGCUACCUGCAGCGGAGACUCGUCAAGUCGCUGGAGGAUCUGGUGCUGCACUACGACAUGACGGUGCGCAACGCGACCGGUGAGGUGGUGGAGUUCCGGUACGGCAGCGACGGACUCGAUCCCGCGUACAUGGAGGCCCGCGACCGGCCCGUGCACCUGCCGCGCGUGCUGGCCGACGUGCGCGCCCGCACCCACCGUGACGACGAACCCUUAGAUGGUGAUGGUAUAGUACUUGCUGCACAGGAAACGUUGGCUCUAGACGACUUCAAGACUUGUACGCCGGAGUUUAAAAACGAAUUGCUGACAUUCCUGAAGGGCGUGGCGGCGAAGGCACGUGCGGCGCAGCACCCGGCCGCCAGCGGCGCGCGGCUGUCGCUGGCGCAGCUGGUGCGGUUCGUGCGCGCCUGCCACGACAAGUACCAGCGAGCAGUCAUCGAGCCCGGCACCGCCGUCGGCGCGCUCGCCGCACAGAGUAUAGGCGAGCCCGGCACCCAGAUGACCCUGAAGACUUUCCACUUCGCCGGCGUCGCGUCCAUGAACAUCACGCAGGGCGUGCCCCGAGUUAAGGAGAUCAUCAACGCCUCCAGGAACAUAUCCACGCCCAUCAUCACCGCGGAACUGAUGAAACCGGAGGACCAAGAGUUUGCUAGAAGAGUUAAGGGGAGAAUAGAGAAGACGACGCUAGGAGAGAUCACUACCUACAUAGACGAAGUAUAUCUGCCCAAUGAGUGCUUCCUGCUGAUCAGACUCGACGCAGAGAGAAUAAGGCUGCUCUGUUUAGAAGUUAACGUGCAGUCCAUAAAAUAUUCAAUCUGCACAUCGAAGCUGAAAGUGAAACCUGGGAACAUCGAGGUGGUGUCGGACUGGGCGCUGAAGGUGGUGGGCGAGCCGGCCAAGCACGGCGGCUGGCUCAACGUGGGGCUCCAGCAGCUCGCGCGGCAGCUCCCCGCCGUCGUCGUCAAGGGCCUGCCCCAGGUCGCGCGCGCUGUCAUCGCCUGCGACGCGCACGGGGCCCCCAGGUACAAGUUGUGCGUGGAGGGCGAUGGUCUGCGUGACGUCAUUGCUACGUUCGGUGUCAACGGGAAUAAGACCACAUCCAACAAUAUUCUAGAAGUGUACCACACACUCGGCAUCGAGGCGGCCAAGUCGACGAUCAUUAGCGAGAUCCAGGCGGUGAUGGAGGGGCACGGUAUGAGCGUGGACCGCCGCCACGUGGAGCUGCUGGCCGGGCAGAUGACGGCCCGCGGGGAGGUGCUCGGCAUCACGCGCUACGGGCUCGCCAGGAUGAAGGAGUCCGUCCUCAACCUCGCCAGCUUCGAAAAGACCGCGGACCACCUGUUCGACGCGGCGUACUACGGUCAGCGGGACUGCAUCGAGGGUGUCUCCGAGUCCAUCAUCCUGGGCGUGCCGGCCGCCAUCGGGACCGGCGUGCUGCAACUCCUGCAUCACCACCCCUCGCACUCCUCGCAGCCCCCCGCCAGGGAGCUGCUGUUCGAUCGACCAGAGUACCACACCUCCAUAUGGGAGUAAGAGAUAUUAAAUUUGUUUUUAUUACA